AUGCCCAUCUUCAGUGGUCUUGGCCAGCGAAGAGGGUCGAAGCCUCGGGAGCUGCACAUCCGCAAGGUCUCAUUCUCCGGCUGCUCUCUUGCUUCUACUUCCGACCGAUCAUUUUCAUCCGAUUCAUCAACAUCAACCAUCCGCGCCAUCACUCCUAGCCUGGCUACCAGCGUCGGCACUGCUUCCAGCUUCGAUGGCUUCUCUAUUCACUCAGCCUCUCAACCUCCCAAACGGCUACAUGACCGGCCAUAUAUCAUGACUAACCAGCAACACUACGAGUCAGCGCCAGCUUUUUAUGACAGCGAGGAUGCCGAGAGCAGUGAUAUGGAGGCGUCAGAGAGAGAUUUUGACGGAGAGGAUGAGGACCUGCCUCAGUUCACCAUGGAGCUGCCUCAUGCCAGCCCUGUGAACCAUCACGACUAUGAGAGCGGGGAUGAGCCACGGGACUACUUCUUCCAGUACAUCAACAAGCGACCUUCUCUACCACGAUCUCGCUGGUCGGAAUCUACUAUUGAAAGCGUCGACUCACUAGAUGACAUGACUCCCGUGACGAGCAUGUCUGAGCCCGUCUCAUCAAACACCAUGGCUGAUGCUGAAGAAGCUGAAGCCGCAGGCGAGUCCACGCCUAGCACCAUUACCUCUAUCACCACUGCCCCCAAGAGGCCCACCUUCAAGACUGUUGACAGCUUUGAAGACUACGUCAAGCGCGGGGGCUGGAAGCGAAGAGGCAUCGUCUUCAAUCGCGACGAAGUGGAUACAUAUUAA